AAUAUGGAGGAUUUCAUUAGUAAUUUGCCUAAUGAAAUUCUUUUCUACAUAAUUUCUUCUCUUCCAUUUGAAUCUGCCAAACAAACCAUUUUCCUUUCAGAAAGAUGGAGACUACUAUGGAAGACAGCUCUAGUGCAACAUGGAACAGAAGAAAAUUUCGUCACUACAAUUUGUAAUUUUCUUGCUAAUUUUAAUGAGCAAGACCCAUUGAAAAAUACAAGAAAAUUUCAGUUCCAUUUUAUAAAUGGUAAUAUCUCGUUAGCUAUCGUUGCACCAAACAACGAACUCCAUCUUGAUUUCUCUACUGGAAAAAAAGAAUUUGACAGGCAGUUUAAGUUGCAACUAGACUUCAAUAAUAAUCUUGCCGGCCGGCCAUCUCUGUCUACUAUCAGAAGUCUUAAUUUGAUAUCCGUCAAUCAUCUAACAAACAAGGCAGUUUCUUUGAUAUUAUCAAAGUUUCAGUCUCUUGAGACCUUGAAAAUCAGAAACUGCAAUUGUUUACAGUCAUUAAGUAUUGGUUCUGAUACUAAGCUUUUGAGUUUUACAAUCUUUGACUGCCCACAAUUGGAGUUUCUUACUGUCAGAUGUUUUAAACUUAAAACUUUCCGGUUUCGAGGAUUGUUACCUUCCAUUUGGCUUGAUUAUCAUUAUAACUUGGUCGAUGCAUUUCUUGAUUUCAGACAAGGCCCCAUGAGAAGUAGCUUUACUAACCAAGAUCUUGACUCUGUCCUGUUAACUAUAAAGAACGUGAAAGUGCUUACUGUAUGCAAAUGGACUUUUAAGACAUUUAUCUGUCCAUGGCUAUCUACAUUUCUUGCAGAAUUUCAAUUCUAUGGUCUUAAAGAGCUGUGGUGGAUUGAUAAUUUAAAUCAAGAAUAUGAUAGUCAGGCCUUAAUGUCUUUCUUGAAACUAUGUCCUUCAUUAGAGCGACUCUUUGUCACUAUUGAUCCUAAAAGCUACUGUGUAGAAAAGAUCACUUCGUGUUCAACAGAAGUUGCAGGUAGGAACACAAAACUGAAACAUCUAAAACUGGUUAAACUGGAUGGUUUUGUGAAUCAAGAAGAUGAGAUCCUUUUGGCUCAACAUUUAGGAGAGAUAGUGACUACUGAGCCACUAAUUUUAGCAUCAGCUGUCGGGAUUAGCUUGCGGAAAUUGAUUAAUGAUCCGUUUUACCAGCAGAAGCAGAAGAGGAAGAGUAAUUAUAUAUUUGUGGAAGUAAAAGAUAUGAAUCAAUUAUGUCUUAAGCAUGUUCAUAUGGUUCUGUAA